ACUCCAUUUUCUCCAGCGAGAAAAAGAAACGGUUUCGUUUCCAGCUUGUGAAGCUAGCCCGCUACGUCUGUAGUCCUGCUCGGCUGAACGUGUUUCUGGACCUCUCCGGGUCCCGGUAGAGUUUGAAAUGUGUGGAAGAACUGCGUGCACUCUGGCUCCUGACGAGUUGAGACGAGCCUGCACUUACAGAAACCGACGUGGUCAGCGGCGGCAGCCCCGCUGGAGGGAGGGAGACGCGGAAAAAUACAAACCCUCCUACAACAAGAGUCCCCAGUCCAUGAGCCCCGUGCUGCUGUCCCAGAGACAUUUUGACAAGAAUGCACCUGUGGAUGAAAACGUUCUGGCGUCCAUGCGGUGGGGUUUGAUACCUUCCUGGUUCAAGGCCAACGACCCAAGCAAGAUGCAGUACAGCACCAGCAACUGUCGCAGUGAGAACAUUCUCGAGAAGAAGUCCUACAAGGAUCCCCUGCUCAAGGGACAGCGCUGUGUGAUCUUGGCAGAUGGUUUCUAUGAGUGGCAGAAGGCGGAGAAGGGGAAGCAACCUUUCUUCAUCUUCUUCCCUCAGACCAAGAGUUCCUGCCAGGAGAAAGGGGAGGAUCAGGAUGAAACGGUGUCUCCAGCUGGCAUCAAUGAGACUUCAGAGGUAGAAGGAGAAGCACCGGCUGAGUGGGAUGGCUGGAGGCUGCUGACUAUGGCCGGAGUGUUUGACUGCUGGACACCACCUGAUGGAGGAGAGCCCCUUUACUCGUACAGUGUUAUUACUGUGGAUGCUUCACCAAACCUGCAAAGCAUCCAUAACAGGAUGCCAGCAAUCCUGGAUGGAGAGGAAGAAGUGAAAAAAUGGCUAGAUUUUGGGGAGGUGAAGUCUCUUGAUGCACUGAAACUGCUUCAAUCUAAAAACAUUUUGAGCUUUCACCCCGUGUCCUCUAUAGUAAAUAACUCGCGCAACAACAGCCCCGAGUGCCUCCAGGCAGUGGAUCUUGGCAGUAAAAAGGUGCCCAAACCCACAGCAAGCAGCAAAGCGAUGAUGAGCUGGCUGUCCAGCAGCUCCCCUUCAAAGAGGAAGGAGCCGGACACACGUGACGAAGAGCGAGACAAAAAGCCCGGGACUCAGCGCAAGUCUGAGGAAGCACUUCAGCGGUGGCUCCAGGGAGCCAGCAAGAAACCAAAGACAGGAAGUCUCUGAAAGUACAUUUUGGCCUCAUUUUAAAAGCCUGUUUUCUACUGUUUUUAAAUGUAACCAAAACAUUUAAGAUUGAAUAAAUAAAUACUUAAAAUACA